UGGUUGUGUAGCUGACUUUCUUGGUCGAACAGCAAUAAGCAACAACGUUUCAUAGAGAGAUAAAGUAAGCCUUGUCGGCGGUUCAUAAAUAAAUCUGUUUUUACGUAAGUAAGUGGAAGUGCUGUCAAUUUCGACAAGGUUGUUGGUUAGCCAAGAUUAGCUGCGGACGUAGAGUGAUUAGUCAAAUGAAAGGCUACGCUAAACGAAGCUGAAAAUGGAUUUUUUCAUUUAUUUCAUCUGUUCGGAUGAGAAUUACCUGAAAACAUAUCAAACUAUCACGAGAACGAUCACAGUCACCGGUGUGGCUCGUAGAUGUAUAUGCGCGUGUAGCUAGCUAAUGUCACAUACCGCAACUUGACGUUGUUGUUAGCAGCUUAUCUUAGCCAAGAUAACUCCAGAGCUGCUCUAAAUCCUUUGGUUUGUGAACGAGAAGGCGAAAAUAUGAUAUCAGUCGGUUGGCGAUCAGUCAGUGCUGAUUAUUUGAUUUGUUUAAUUAAGUGACUUUUUGCAGAUGUUAAGCCAGUAAAUAGGGCCUAUUUGCAAGUUCAUUGUAGUUACCUAAUGUUAGCAUAGCUGCCUAUCACCAAACCAAACGACAGUCAUCUUGCCAAUUAUUUCUUUCAGUAUAAAGCAAUUUAUAUACUGCACCGCCAUACUGUAAGUAGUCUACGGCUAUUCGUCUGUGAAGGCAUUCGUUCUGUUGAAAGUCAGAGAAUAAUAGUUGUGUUUGUAGUUAUUUGCUAUGAUGUUGACAGCCGUGCUCCUCACUGGCCUUUUGUGUGGGGUCAUUGGACAAGAGAGUCAGGCCAUUACAGCUGAGGAAAAGACCAAAAUCAGGGACCAGAUACUUGAGAUGUUUGAUCAUGCUUAUGGCAGCUAUAUGAAAUAUGCGUACCCAGCUGAUGAGCUGAUGCCACUGAGCUGUAGAGGCAGAGUGAGAGGGGUGGAGCCUGAUAGAGGAGACAUUGACGACUCUCUGGGAAAGUUCUCUCUGACUCUUAUUGACACCUUGGAUACUCUUGUGGUGCUGAAUAAGUUGGAUGAGUUCGAGGAGGCGGUGAAGAAGACUGUUAGAGAUGUCAAGUUCGAUAAUGAUGUGGUGGUGUCCGUCUUCGAAACCAACAUUCGUGUUCUGGGUGGCCUGCUGGGGGCGCACGUGAUGGCCGACCUGCUGCGGCAGCGUGGGGAGAGGAUGCAGUGGUACAGAGAUGAGCUGCUUCACAUGGCCAAAGAUCUGGGACAUCGCCUGCUGCCUGCCUUUAACACCACCAGUGGCCUUCCCUACCCACGGGUGAACCUGCGUUACGGAGUCCUCAGCCCUCUGUCUCGCACAGGCACAGAGUCCGACACCUGCACGGCCUGUGCUGGGACCAUGAUCCUGGAGUUUGCUGCUCUCAGUCGGUUGUCCGGGGAUUCGGUUUUUGAGGAGCAUGCUAGGAAAGCUUUAGAUGUUCUCUGGGAAAAGAGACAGAGAGGAAGUGACCUCGUUGGCACCGUCAUCAAUAUCCACAACGGAGACUGGGUCCGCAGAGACAGUGGUGUUGGUGCCGGUAUCGAUUCCUACUAUGAAUACUUGAUGAAGGCGUAUAUUCUACUGGGAGACAACGUUUACCUUGAGAGGUUUAAUACUCACUACAGUGCCAUUAUGAAGUAUAUCAGUCAGCCGCCCCUGCUGCUCAACGUGCACAUGCACAACCCCACCGUGAACGUGCGCAGCUGGAUGGACUCCUUACAGGCCUUCUUCCCUGGACUGCAGGUUCUUAGAGGAGAUCUGAAGCCUGCCAUAGAGACCCAUGAGAUGCUCUACCAGGUCACCAAGCAGCACAAGUUUCUGCCUGAGGCUUUCACUACAGAGUUCAGAGUUCACUGGGGUCAGCACCCACUGAGGCCAGAGUUUGCUGAAAGCACUUACUUUCUCUAUAAGGCGACAGGUGAUCCGUAUUACCUUAAAGUGGGCCAGUCUAUAGUGGAGAAGCUGAACACUCAUGCGCGGGUCCCGUGUGGCUUUGCUGCUGUGCAGGAUGUGCGAACUGGGACACAUGAGGACAGGAUGGACUCCUUCUUCCUAGCAGAGAUGUUUAAGUACCUAUACUUGCUCUUUUCUGAGAAGAGUCAACUGCCAUUUGAUAUUGAUGACUACAUCUUCACCACUGAGGCCCAUCUCCUCCCUGUGUCCCUGUCCACAACCCAGCCCUCCUGUCAGAGCAACUACACGGAACCUCAUCCAGUGCAUGAAGAAGAUAUGUUUACUUACUCAUGCCCCAGUGCCCAAACCCUUUUCCCCAACAACCCCUCCUUCGCCAAAACCAUCAGGGACAGCUACAAAUACCUCACAGGGGUGGGCAGGGCCUAUCAUGCAUCUUCAAUCAGGGGGAUAGAGCUGCCCCUCCAUGAUACAGGACUGGAGCCAAUGGAGUUUCUGAAGAGCAUGGGCAUCUCUCUCAGCCCGCUCGCCGACAUGGCAUUGGGCUCCAGAACCUCAGGCACUCAGGAUAGUCACAAAGGUGUGUACAGGGUAAAGCUGGUGGCAGAGGUGAGCCAGCCUGAGGAGGAAGAAGUAGUGCCCCUCAUCGUCCAGCUCAUAUCACCCCCAUUUUUAGGAAGAACAGUCCUGACCGCUGGACCUGCAAAGUUUGGAAUGGACCUCACCAAGAACGAGCAUGGGGUGAAGGGCAGUAUUGUGAAGAGUGUUCCCUACUCAGCGUGUAGUCCUAUAGAGAAUGCUGCAGAACUGCAUGGUCACAUCGCCAUAGCUCUGCGUGGAGACUGCAUGUUUGCAGCCAAAGCUCGGCGUUUACAGGAAGCAGGAGCCAUCGCAGUCAUCUUCAUUGACCACAGAGAGGGGAGCAGCAGUGAGGAGACCCCUCUGUUCCAGAUGGUUGGUGAUGGAGGUUCCACUGAGGGCAUUACUAUACCCCUGGUCUUCUUGUUCAGUCAUGAAGGAGCAGUGCUGACUGCUGCACUGGAGGAACAUCACAAUGUGGAUGUUCUCCUGCUGCCCAAAGAAAGAGAGCUGGGCAAAGACAAACCAGAGAAGCUCAACAUUAAGUUCCGUCUGGCCAAGGAGGGAGAGCUGGAGGAAGGUGAGGGGGAGGGCACCACCAUUCAGCUGCUUCUGCAGCAGGAGACGGAUGCCGAGGGAGAGAGGGGAGAGGCGGCUCCCCCGGGUCACUGCAGCUCCUCGGCAGGAGGUGAAGAGGAACCCUGCCCAUCAGAACAAAAAGACCCAGAGAACACUCCCUGAUAACGGGACCAGGCGAACCCCUCAAAGAUAUCAGGGCUGCUGCUCACCUGCUCCCUGGUCCAAGGUCUGAGCUUAAAAGGCUUAAGACGCCCAAGAGAGUGCUCACUCUCUCCAUGGCUGGACCGAACAAACUGACUCUCAACAGAGGGAGACUCAAGACCAGAGAGUCGAAUUUUUUUUUCCCUCUAAAUAACUCGGAUGAAAUAAUGGAUGGUCUCGUGUAGUUUAUAGCUUUUGAAAAAAAAACAAACUGUGUAUUCAAUGUGUAGAGCGAGUGAUCAAGAGAGAUAUGCAGAGAUAGUCUUAAUUUUUUUUUUUUUUUUCCACUGUGAGCUCCUGUCUUACAUGUGCUGUGGUGGUGAAAGUAGAUGUAGCUGAUAUGCAAAGUCUAUUCAAGCACACGGCAGUUAGUUGCAGGUUUGAAGGAUAAAGCGGGUGGGCAGAGGCAGUGGACUACAGAGAAGAUUUAUUCUCAGGCCUUAAAAGUGGGUUUGAGUCCAUUUUUUAAACUAUUGGACUGUCACGACAAAUAGGAGAUGACCGUCUGUGCUGUCAGUAGCGACACGUGACGUCGCCCGUAGAAACAUUGAAUUUCGUUCAUUUUGUGUAUGCAUUUUUCCUUACAUUAACAAAGUGGCUUUAAAUUCUUCAGGGUGGUUAUAUGAGAAGACUGCUCUCGUGAACAAAACCUAAAACUCUGCAGUGUUAUGUAUGCAUCCAGUUGGCGUGAUGCUCAAGGGAGAGAAAUCAGUCAUGUGUUGUGGUGAAUUCUGAGGUUCAAUCAUAUUUUAUCCUGUUAUGAGAUAUCAGGGAAAUCAAGCGGUUAAUACACUUGAACGUGUGUGUGUGUGUGUGCGUGCGUGUGUGCGCGCGCACGCGUGUUUUUAAG